ACAUUGUUCGCCGGAGAGAUCCGCGUGACCGGCUCCAACCUCCCCGACUGGUACUCCGUGCUCCGCCUCGGGCGCCUGACUCAGAGCCCCGAGCACGUCGCGACUCAGUACCGCAGGCUCGCUCUCCUCCUCAACCCCUCCGUCAACCGCCUCCCCUUCGCCGACAAGGCCUUCGAACUCGUCUCCGACGCCUGGCGCGUCCUCUCCGAUCCGAUUCGAAAGUCCUCAUACGACCGCGAGCUGCAGCCGAGUCAACUCGGUGGAGCGAGUUUCUGGACGGCGUGUCCGUACUGCUUCGUGCUCUUCGAGUACGCCAAGGACUACGAGGAUUGCGUGAUGAAGUGUCGAGAUUGCGAGAGAGCGUUUCAAGCGGUGAGGAUUCAGAAGCCUCCUGUGGUGGUGGAAGGAGGAGGAGGAGGAGAAGAAGAUGUUUACUUCUGCUCGUGGAGUGUGUUUCCGUUAGCAUUCUCCGGUGAGUGUAAUCAAGCUCCGAGGAGGUGGUCGCCUAUCUCGCCUCUCAUUGCGUGCCCCAAGAAGCGGAAGGAACCAGCUUCUCCGAGAGUCUUUUACGAUGACGAGGAUGAUGAUGACGUGUACGUUGCGAUCUCUGAUGAUGAUGAGGUGGCAGUGGAUACUGGGAAAGGGAAAGGGAAAGGGAAAGAACCGGUUGUUGUGUCUAGACCGGUGAGUCAUCAUAAUCAUCAUAAUGCUAGUAGGAAAAGAAGUGGAGCUGGAGGAGGUAAGAGCGUGGGGAGGCUGGAUUUGAAUGUGGAGCUGAGUAAUGACGUGGAGGAGGCUGGUGGGGUAAGUGGGAGAAGGGAGAGCAACAGGGAGGUGGAUAAUAUUAUCGAAGGGAUUGGGUUCUUUGAGGGGCUUGAUGAGUUUUUGAGUAGCUUGCCGAUACUCUCUGUUGUUGGUGAUGAUAAGAUCAAGGCUACUUAAGUGAUGUUCGUUUGGUCGACGCAGUUUUCGGC